CGCAGCGUGAGGAUCAAACCUGGAGGAGAGGAAACGCGGACGAACAGAAACCGCGAACGCAAAGUUUACGCAAAUAUGGGAGUUUUACGCUUUCACUUCGAAGUGCGAGGACGAAUUUUCUGACCGUGAACGCGCUUGUUUACAACUUUACUGUCGGGAGUUUGUCAGAGUGUUGUUGUUGUUGUUGUUGUUGUUGUUGAAGAAGAAGAAGCGUCGGUUGAGGCAGAGUUCUGCUUUCGGGGAGAGAGACAGGUGGACAGACAGACAGACAGUCAGACAGACAGGGACAGGGGGACAGAUUUAACGUGAGGACUGUCUCAGUUGUGUUGGUCAAAUGAACUGCGCGGACGAGCUGGACUUCAGACUGAGCUUCGAGGACGAAGACAAACACUCAGCAGGUCCAGAUCUCCAUGUGAGGAGGCCUCCCCCCUCCACACAGGCUCUGGUGGAACAGUCCGUGGGCCAGGAGCUGUCAAGCGACCCCCCAUAUUUCACCAGCGCACACAACUACCAGCAUAUUGGCUGUGAAUCGCAUGGGCCCCAGUAUGGAGCCCAGGGGAACCCCAGAGCGUUUGACUGUCCAAGUAUUCAGAUCACCUCCAUAGCUCCUAACAGCCAUGGGGAGCCCAGCACCGGACAGGAAGCUUUGGCGGUGGGUGGGGCAGAGGGGGGCUACUCUGAUGCGUCCUGGUCCAGAGACCAGUUGUAUUUGCCGACUGACCCCUGCUACCGGGACCCGGCCUUCUGCCCAAGUCCCUGCAGCAGCAUGUCUUCCAGGAGCUGGAUGUCUGACCUCUCAUCCUGCGAGUCCUUCUCCCACAUCUACGACGAUGUGGAGGUGGAGCUAGGCGAUGCGGCACGUCCCGCACUCGGGUCCCCACUGGGGUCUCCUCUGGGGUCUCCGGGCUGUGGGGGCGGGGCCUUUGGAGUGGAGUUAUGGCAACAGAAAUACCAACAUCCUUUAGCCUUUAGCCCGUCGCUAUCGCCCCAUCAGUCACCUCAUCAGUCGCCCUGCCACUCCCCUCGCACCAGCGUCACAGAGGAGAGCUGGCUGAACCGUCGACCCACGUCCAGGUCGUCGUCCAGGCCGAGCUCCCCCUGUGGAAAGAGACGCCACUCCAGCGCUGACCCCCGCGUCCACGCCCGCUCGCCCUCCCCCCACCACUCACCCAGCCCCACGCCGAGUGCCUCCCCGCGUGACAGCGUGACAGAAGACACGUGGGCAGGAAGCCCCGCCCCUGCCCUCGGGCCCCUGCUGAUGUCCGGCUACCAGGAGCUGGACGUCCCUUCCAAGACCAGGAGGACGUCGGGGAGCUCGCUGGGACUCCUCCCCGCUCAGGGAGACCCGGUGCUGGAACUGCUGCGGGAUUCUGAAGAGGGUCACGAGCAGGACGGCCUGGCCGAGCUCUUCCUUCAGGUUCCCUCCCACUUCAGCUGGAACAAACCCAAACCUGGAAACCCUCCUCUGUUCAGCACCUCGUCCCCCCCUCCUCUCGACUGGCCUCUGCCCAGCCAGUAUGACCAGUGUGAGCUGAGGCUGGAGGUUCAGCCCAAGUCCUACCACCGGGCUCAUUAUGAGACAGAGGGCAGCAGAGGGUCCAUCAAAGCAGUGAGUGGAGGACACCCCGUUGUAAAGUUGAUCGGAUUUAGCGAGCGGCCGGUCAGCAUGCUGUUGUUCAUCUGCACCGCGGACGAGCGCUACAUUCGCCCCCACGCCUUCUACCAGGUUCACCGAGUGACGGGGAAGACGGUCACCACCACCUGCCAGGAGAAGAUCCUGGGCUACAGCAAAGUCCUGGAGAUCCCUCUGCUUCCAGAAAACAGCAUGACUGCCAGCAUCGACUGCGCCGGCAUCCUGAAGCUGCGCAACGCCGACAUCGAGCUGAAGAAAGGCGAGACGGACAUCGGGCGCAAGAACACGAGGGUGCGAGUGGUGUUCAGAGUCGCCGUGCCUCAGACGGACGGACAAAUGCUGUGGCUCCAGACGGCGUCCAUUCCCGUGGAGUGCUCUCAGCGCUCUGGCCAGGAGCUUCCUCAGGUGGACAGCUUCAGUCCCAGCUGCUGCUCAGUGGACGGCAGAGAGGAGCUGCUCAUCACAGGGUCCAACAUCUCCACACUGUCCAGGGUAGUUUUCACCGAGAAAGGACCCGAUGGAAAGUCACUGUGGGACCUGGAUGCCAGAGUUGUGCCAGAAAAAAGUAGCAGCACCAGCAUCACAGUGGAGGUCCCUCCUUACUAUAAGAAGACUUCGAGUCCGGUCCAAGUCCAGUUCUACGUCUCAAACGGGAAGAGAAGGAGGAGUGUAACACAGAGCUUCACCUACCUGCCUGGAGUUGGACGUCAGCUCCCUGGUGCAGCUGGACCACCACUGGUUAAACAGGAAUGCUGGGAGCUAGAGCACAUCUCCCACAAUCCACCUGGAUUCAGCCCACAUGUGGCACGUUAUGAUUCCUGUGGUCAUCCCACCCAGAAGGAACCUGGUCUCCGUCCUCCUCCACCCUCUGUCCCCCAUCAAACUCCUUUGAUGUUUCCUCACACCGCCUCCUCUCUUCCUUCUCACACCUCCUUCAUUCCUCUUCAGACGUCCAUCAUGCCUCCUCAUACCUUCACAGUUCCUCCUCAGAUGUCCCCGCUGCCUCCUCAGGCUUCUCCCGUCCCCCUUCAGACCUUCACCGUGCCUGCUCACACCUCCUUGCUGUCCCCCGUUGGAUCUCAGAGGGAACUACCUCCAUCUUUGAGUUCCAGCAGAGUCUUCAUGACCCCCACUGGUCCCCAGAAGGAGUCUCUGCCGAGCGUCAAGCAAGAACCUGAAGACCAGCUGGGCCUGGGAUCCCUGGGCCUCCAGGAGAUCACACUGGAUGACGUGAACGAGGUCAUCGACAGAGACAUCAGCGGUCUGAGCGGCGCUGGGCGCCUCCACCAGUUGGACCAGCACCAUCAGUACGACUCCAAGUUCCGUGGAGCGUCUCAGUAACAGCUUCUGUCCACAAUCACAAACACUGACCUUCAAGUGCCUGAAAACCACACGAGUGUCACGCGGCUCUUUCCUCGUCUGUCUCAGGAAUCUUAGCGCUAACUCGUACCUCAGCGACAAACCAAAGAUGUUUCUUUGUUUUUAAACUAAAUCUUUUGAACGACAAAUAAGGGUGUUGAAUAAAACUGGUAAAAAAGGGCUGUAAAUCGACGGUACGGUGUUUUAACGCGACACCGUUACAACAAUCA